UAACACCAGCACACUCCAGAACCUGCCACGUAUAUGAACGCGCUUAUCCACUAGAAGGCCAGCAGGCUUCCCUGUCCUUCAGUGAAAAAAAUUGGGUGCACUCUUCCGUCACUGCUGCCUGAUAACGGUGCCCAUCCCUUCAAAACAAGAAUGCUUCGAAACAUGUGCAAGACAGUGGACGGCUUUCUUAUCAACGACUUCCUGCACGACGACAACGUGCGCUCGGCCCUCAACUACGUGGCUCGACCAGACGAUAUUUUUGUGGUGAGCUACCCUAAGUGCGGGACGACAUGGACGCAGUACAUCGCCUUCUGCGUGCUAAACAAGGGCCAGUCACCUGAGGACUACACAGAUUUUAUGCUACGCUCACCAUUCCUGGAACUUCUGGGUGCAGAGUCGGCUCACCGGAUGCUUCGGCCGGGAGCGAUCAAGACUCAUUUCCCGUUCGACAGGCAACCCUAUAAUUUGCAAAGCAAGUACAUAUACGUCACUCGGAAUCCCUACGACUGCUGCGUUUCGUACUUCCACCACGUGCGAGAUUCGCCUGUCUACAAUUACGCAGACGCGACGCUAGACGAAUUGGACGUGUUCGUCGAGGGGAAGGUCAGUUGUGGGGACUACUUCGACCACCUCAUCUCGUGGUACGUGCACAGAAACGACGAAAACGUACUCUUUAUCACCUACGAGAGACUUAAGGAGGACAUUGCAGGGUCAGUGCUGCAGAUAGCCGACUUCCUCGGAAAGCAGCAUGGGGAGGAGCUGCGCCGAGAUGCCGCACUGUUCGCGAAGAUCACCGAUAUGGUGAGCGCACUCAGCAUGCGCCAGGCCUUCAGCUCGGGCAUCAAGGCCGUCAUGCCCAACCUGCUCUCUCUGCCCCCGGAGAAAGCUCUGAAGUCUGUCGAGGUGUACCGAGGUGUGCUGAGGAAAAAGCGAAUGUCCACCGUCAAGAGCGAGUUCAUCCGAAAGGGCGUUGUCGGGGACUGGAGAAACCAUUUGCAGGAGAAGCACAUUGAAAAAAUCAAACAUUGGAUUGCGCUUAAAACGCAGGACAGCGAUGUCAUGAAGCUAUGGGGAAACGCUGGUUUGCCCUAGUUGCUUUUGGAACUGCCAGAAGUUAUACAUUGUCUUAUAGAUUGUACCUGUCUUGGUCUCACUGAGCCAUAUGACAUCGACAUAAAGUUGUGUAGUUAGCUCGUAAUAAAUAGACAACUAGUGCGCACACUCACACUGUGUCUCGCUAUCUUUGCAUGUCAGGCCUGAACAAAGCAAGGGAAAUGUUUUGUAUGGGCUCGUUAUUAUGCCAGACACAUAGAAAUUAUUCCAACCGACAAGUCUACCGAGGAAACUAACAGAUCUAUCCAUCAGCUCCUGCAUUGACCCACAGUGUUGUAAUAAUCAUGUGAAUCAUAAUGCAUUAAAAGGGAUGAUAAAUCACA